CAAACCAUUUUCGUCAAUGUAGUUAGUAAUUAAGAAGAAGCUAAGAGAUGGAAAUUCGAAAGAAGUUAAUGCAAUCAACGUUUCUUUUUUGCCUUUCCUGCGCAUUGUUACUUGCUCGAUCUUCCAGCUACGGCAAAAGCACGACAGAUUUUGCAGGGCAUAUCCAUCACCAAAGAGCCUCUUCAACUGGAAUGGUACCGACGUCUUCGAAGUGUGUCGGAUUGAACAACGAAUCGGGUCACUGCGAGCACUUGAAACGGUGCUUAUCUCACGAGUAUGGUUCAAACUUUACGCUGGCUAUAAAUCACUCGUGCGUAAUCGACCAAACAUACACAGGCAUUUGUUGCUCGAGACAUGGGAACGAAAUGGGUACAAAUCCUAUGGUAGACGAGGAGUUUGCCGACACUCUUCCGCAGAUUGCUGCCAGUGACGAUAGGAAACAAAAUGAGGUGAGAAUCGUUUGGUCGGGCGAGCAUAGAACGACAACGUCUCGACCUAAAAAUCCGGCAUUGAGAGGAUGCGGAACUACAUCGAAAAGUCAAAGCAAGUUGGUGGGCGGUAGACCGGCCGAUCCCACGAAAUGGCCCUGGAUGGUGGCUCUUCUUACAACAGAUAACGCUUACUAUUGUGGUGGUGUGCUCGUCACCGAUAGACACGUUUUAACCGCUGCCCACUGCGUUUACAAAUUUGGACCGCAGGACAUCAAAGUCAGGCUCGGUGAAUACGAUUUCGCGACGAGCGAAGAAACGAGAGCCGUGGAUUUCACGAUUUCCGAAAUACGUAUACAUCGAGACUUUGUUCUGGACACGUUCGCAAAUGACAUAGCGAUAGUCAAACUGUAUCUACCGACCGUCUUCGACAGUUACAUUUGGCCCGUGUGUCUGCCACCAAUUGGUCAAACGUUCGAGUACAAGGACGCAGUUAUAACAGGUUGGGGCGCACGCUACUACGGAGGCUCCCAUAGUACGGUUCUGAUGGAAGUCGAGGUUCCAGUAUGGCCGCAGAGUAUAUGUACGAGCAGUUUCACUCGACGAAUUGCUAAUACGACGAUUUGCGCCGGCGCUUACAACGGCGGAGGCGAUGCUUGUCAGGGUGACUCCGGUGGACCACUCCUUCAUCAGCUUGCAAAUGGCAGAUGGGUAAAUAUUGGAAUAGUAUCUUGGGGUAUUCGAUGCGGAGAACCUGGACGUCCUGGAAUAUACACACGCGUCAAUUCCUAUCUUGAUUGGAUAUUCGAGAAUGCUGUGUUCUAAGCUUAGAAUCGCGCUUAAUUUGUUAAGCGAGUGUCCCCUUAUAAUUACGAAAUUACUAAAACUAUUAAAGGUUAGGACAAGCCCAGACGAAAAACGAAGCAACUUCAGUCUGGUCGGUUUUAAUUUUUGCAAAUGUAAAAAUGGCUCGUUUCCGAUAGAAGCCUAAUCUAAUCUAAGAUCUAAGAAUCUGGAAUCUGGAAUCUAGAAUCUAAGAUCUAAGUGAUAUUUAAGAAAAAAAAAUAGAAGAUUCUAAGAUAAGGAUAUCACGUCACAGAAAUUUUAAUUUAAAAAGAUUAACGACUUAACUCGUAAAAUUUCGGAUGUUGUUGUGAAUAACGAUGCGAACCGUCGCUGCGUACUACGUUAAAAUCGAAAUUUAAGCGGCUCAGG